CAGAGAAAGCUUGAAAAGAGUAAUAUAUAUGGAACGGGGCAAUGGAAAUGGAUCAGGGGCAUCUAGACUUCAGCGAAACAUGAAGGAAAGAGUCAGAAGAAAGCAUAUGAAGGAGCUUCUCUCCGAGCUUGCUUUCUUGACUCCUCUACAAUCCUCUAAGGUUUCAGCAACUGAGUUGUUAGAGAACGCCACCAAUCAUAUAAAGCAACUGCAAGAAAGACUUGAGGAGCGAAGGCGCCGAAGAGCAUUACUACUGAAAGAGAUUAGUGGUGAUGAAAAUAAGAAGGCAAGCGGAUCAAGAAUACCUGUGCUCAACAUAAGUUGUUCAGAUUCUAGUUUGGAAAUAAAUCUGAUAUGUGGGUUGGAGAAGAACUUCAUGUUGCAUGACAUUAUCAGUAUUCUUCAGCAAGAAGGAGCCGAAGUCAUCAGCUCUACUCAGUAUAAUACAGGCGAUAGAGUCAUAUACGUAGUUAAAUCCCAGGCCAUCAGUCCAAGGAUUGGAGUGGAAACUACAAGAAUUCGUCAGAGAAUAAAGGAUCUAUGUUUCUGAUAUGUAUCAGGCCAGAAGUUGUGGAACAAAAAGUCUUAAAGAAGAUGAACCCUGCCGCUCCUUGGUGUUCUGUAAUCUAAAUAAUCAGUUGUAAAGUGAUAUUACUAGGUGCCUGUUGAUAAAUAAACUUGGUUUUAAUUUAGAAUAAAUGUAUGUUGUGUGAGUUCGCGGAUGAUGCGUUCAACUAUGUAGAACAUGCACAAGAAGUUGAAGUAUUUCAGACCUUUCAUGGCA